AUGGCACCAUUCGGCACUAUCUACUCCUAUCAGCCCAGCCCUCGGGUCAUGAAGGCCCAGGCAGCUGCCAACCUCAACGGGCUGGAGCUGGCAAUCCCCGCAUUCGCCAUGGGUCAGACCAACCGUACUCCCGAGUUCCUAGCCAAGUUCCCUCUCGGUAAGGUCCCCGCCUUCGAGGGCGCCGAUGGCACCAACCUGUUCGAGUCCGAUGCCAUCACCCAGUACAUCGCCGAGAGUGGCCCCGCCGCCGCCCAGCUGACUGGUGCGACCCCUGCCGAGCGUGCCACGAUCCGCCAGUGGAUCUGCUAUGCGCAGGGUGAGAUCCUGGACCCUGUGACGCAGUUGGCGUUGUGGCGUCUCAAGAUUCGCGCCUACGACGAGAAGGUUGAGCAGACUAAUCUCGAGCGUCUGGAACGCUCUCUGUCUUGCCUGGAGACCUACCUCAAGGGCCGCACCUGGUUCGCCGGCGAAGAUAAGCUCAGUCUGGCUGACAUCACCGUUGCCUCUGCUCUUGUCUGGGGUUUCUCCUUGGUCAUCGAUGCUGAGAUGCGCCAGAAGUACCCCAUCACCGUCGGCUGGUACGAGCGCACCAUCGAAUCUGAGGGUAUCAAGCAGGCCUUUGGCGAGAAGAACUUUGUUGAGAAGCGCCAGCCUUACCAGGGUUAA